CAUGGAAGGUGAUUCAGAAGAGAAAGGCGAAACAAAUGCAAGUGAAGAUAUUCCUAGUACCAAAUCAGAUUUUACUGUACAUAAUGAUGGGAGUAUAACCGUUGAUGAUAUUACAAUACCACCAGCUCCAACACCUGCUUUAACAUGUGAUGCUAAUUCAGCACGCUUGAUAAUAACAAAGCUACAUGUUCGAGAUUUUAAGUCCUAUUCAGGAACACAUGUUCUUGGCCCUUUUGAUAAGAACUUUACUUGCAUUGUGGGCCCAAAUGGAAGUGGCAAAUCAAAUGUCAUUGAUUCCUUGCUGUUUGUAUUUGGAUAUCGAGCUCAAAAGAUACGUUCUAAGAAAAUUAGUGUAUUGAUUCAUAAAAGUCACAAAUUCCCGGACCUUGAUAGCUGCUCUGUCACUGUUCAUUUUUCCAAAAUUAAAGAUGAAGGUGAAAAUUACACUACUGUUCCAGAUUCCGAAUUUUGUGUGAAAAGAACUGGAUAUAAAGACAAUUCAUCAACAUAUGAAAUAAAUGGAAAGCGAGCCCAGUACAAGGAUGUUGCUAAUUUGUUAAAAGGACAUGGAAUAGAUUUGGAUUAUAAUAGAUUCAUGAUUUUACAGUGUACUCGCAAAGGAAGAAAAAGAAGAAAAAAAUAAGGAUAAAGAUGCAUUGAAAGAAAAGAUAGAAGGAUUAUCUAAUUUGGUUGAAGAAUAUCAAGCCUUUAAACAGCUAAAAGAAAUAGAUGUGAAAAACAUAACCAAUGAAUAUGAUAGCCAUUCAAAAAGAGUUGAAGAUUUAAAGCAACAGUUCAAAAAAUUUGAGCGGGACGAUGUCACUUGUAGAGAAAAUGUAAAGAACGCCAAGGAAAAGUUUAAGAAACUUGUCAAAGCCAUAGAUGCAGAACAAGAAAAAGUUGAAAGCUUAAAAAAGAAACCCGCAACUCUGCAAAGUGAAAUAAAGGAGCUGGAAGCAAAGCAAAGUAAAUUAGAAGUAGCAAAAGCAGAAGAAGAAGCAAAAUUGACUGAGGUAAUGGGAACUUUAAAAGAUGAAGUUCAAGGGUUCCAGGAAGAAAAGGAAGCAUUUGAAUUCCAAUUAGUCAAACUGAAAAAUACAGUUAACGAAAAAAAAUCUGAGGUGGAUUUAGCACAGUCAGAAUUUGAUUUGUGUUUAAGGUCUGAAAAAAAGGAAAAAGAAAUCUUAAGUUCAUUAGAAUCUGAUUUUUCAAAUUGCAAAUCAUCAGCUGAAGAGCAAAAAAGAAUUUUGAAAGAAGCUGAGGAAAGAUUACCAAAAGUAGAGUCUGAGUUGAAAUUUGCUAAACUCAAAUAUGCUGAAGAAGAAAAGAAAGAAGGAUCUUUGGCAGAAGAGUUAAAAGCCAAACGGAUUAAACUUGAUUUUGCUAAAAGUGCUUUGAAUGCAUCAAAAAGCCGAAGUGCUAUUGUUCAAGCAUUUAUGGAACAGAAAUCAAAAGGAAAACUGACUGGUGUAUUUGGCAGAUUGGGUGAUCUGGGUGCCAUUCCGGAAAAAUACGAUGUUGCAAUUUCUACUGCAUGCGGAAGUUUGGAUAAUAUAGUUACUGAUACUAUAACAACUGCUCAGGAAUGUGUCGACUUUUUGAAAGAACGUAAACUUGGAUAUGCCACAUUCAUCGCUCUCGAUAAGAUGAAGAAAUGGGAGCCCUACACUAAACAAAAAAUUUCUACCCCUGAAAAUGUUCCUCGUUUAUUUGAUUUGAUUAACGUAAACGAUACAAAUUUACUGUCUGCAUUUUAUUUUGCAUUGGGAAAUACUUUAGUAGCAGAUGAUAUUGAACAAGCUACUAGAGUUGGUCUUCAAGGUUCUACGAGGUACAGAGUAGUGACUUUGAAGGGUGCUCUGAUUGAUUCAUCAGGUACCAUGACUGGUGGAGGUGGCAAAGCUCUUAAGGGAAGAAUGGGAAAAUCGGUUGCCAAUGCAGAUGUUUCUGAGAAAGAAAUAGAAAGAUUAAAUGCUGAAGUAGAAGUUCUUUUGAAAAAUAUUUCUGAGUCGAAGAAAAAUAAAGAGGAAUUAAAAGAAAUAAUUAGAAAAUCAGAGAGCGAGAUAUUAGUUUUACAGCAGUCGAUGAAAAAAGCUAAAAUGAGCAGUCAGAGUUACAGUGAACAGUAUAAAAUGCUUUUGAAGCAAAUUGAAGAACAGAAGAAAAAGGUUAUUGCUUCUGCUCCUGAUAAAAAGCAAAUUGCAGAACUAGAAAAGAAAAUUGAGAAGUGUAAUAAUAAUUAUUCCAAGGCCAGUAAUGAAGCUGCACUUGUUGAAGAUAAAGUAAAAGGGAUACAAGAAAAAAUAUUGUCAAUUACAAAAGGGAAGUAUGGCUUGGCUCAAAAAAAAGUGGAUAAAUUAACCAAAGAAAUAAAUGAAGUAUCUCAAGGUAUAACAAAAAAUGUUACUCUCAUUAAAAGAACAGAAAGGGAUUUAAAAAAAGCUGAAGAUAAAGUUUCUUCAUUGGAAGCUGAAAUAGAGGAGUGUAAAAACUAUAGAGAAAAUUUGAAAAAAGAAUUUGAAGAAUUAGAACAAAAAGCUCGGGAAGUUUGUAAUGAAAAGAAAGAAGCCGAAGCAAAAUUAGAAGAAUGUGAAUUAAAGAAAAAGGAAAUUCUGAAAGAAGGUCAAGAAAUUUCUUCAAAAAUUCAGAAGGUUAAGAGUGAACUAAUUGAUUUUAAGAACCAAGCAAAACAUAUUGAUAUCGAGUUGCAAGCAAUUGAAGGCAGUAUCAAAACAUUAACUGCUAAUCUGAGAAAACUUGAGUUGUAUAAGAUAGAAGAUGAAAGCACUGAACUUCCAGUGCUUUCAGAUGAAGAAAUAAAAUCUGUGUCUAUUAAUCCAAUGAACUUCAAAAAGGGUCAGCUCCAAGAAAAAAUUAAAAACAUGAAUCCAGAUCUCACUGCAAUUGCAGAAUAUAAGAGAAAAGAGGAAUUGUAUCGGCAGAAGCUGGAAGACUUAGAACAAACUAAUGCUGAACGUGACAGAUACAAGCAGUUUUAUGAACAAUUGCGCAAACACAGGCUAGAGGAAUUUUUAAAAGGUUUCAGCAUUAUCUCGCUGAAAGUGAAAGAACUUUAUCAAAUGAUUACUCUAGGGGGAGAUGCUGAAUUGGAAUUAGUAGAUUCCUUAGACCCAUUUUCUGAAGGAGUAGAGUUCAGUGUUCGUCCGUUGAGAAAAUCUUGGAAAAACAUUCGGAAUUUAUCUGGUGGUGAAAAAACUCUUAGUUCCUUGGCUUUGGUUUUUGCUUUACAUUUCUAUAGAACAACACCAUUUUUUGUGAUGGAUGAAAUUGAUGCAGCCUUAGAUUUCCGAAAUGUAUCUAUUAUUGGUUCACAUAUUAGAGAAAGCACUAAGAAUGCUCAGUUUAUCGUCAUUUCUCUGAGAGAGAAUAUGUUUCAACUUGCUAAUCAUUUAGUUGGUAUAUAUAAAACAAAUAAUCGAACCAAAAAUAUGAUACUAAGUUCUGAAUUGUUAAAAAGGUUCCAAGAGGAAGAAGAUAAAAAAGAAGAGAAAAAAGAUGUGCAACAUCCCCUUAUAAAAAGGCAAAAGAAAACUCAAAACAAAGUAACUUUUUCAAAUGCAAAUGUUGAGAAGGAUGUGGGUAAAGCUUUUGACGAUUUACUCGGAAAACCAAGUGAGGCUGGCGAUAAAAUUCCAUUGUGCAACAAAGACAAUAUAAAAAGUAAUAUUGCCCAAAGUGAUGAAAGUAAAACACCAGCAAAGAGAAAGUCAAGUGAUGCAGCAAUUCUACCUUCUAUUGUAGACGAUCAAACAGAAAAAUGCACAAGUAAUGAUUCAUUUGAUGAUUUGUUAGUAGAAAAUGAUAAAAACAGGAAGGAUAAAUCACAAGACAGUGAUUUGAGUGAUUUAAUUUUUGACAAUCUAUUGGCUGUCGCAUCCACUAAAAAACUGGAUAGAUGUGUAACUUUUAAUGAAGUUGAUGACGUGCGAGUUAUUGAUUCUGAAAGUGAUACAUCUAUAAAUGAACUUUUUACAAAGCCCAGACUUAAAAAAAAUGAAAAAUAAUAUUACUACUUUCUGCACUUGUAGGUCAGGAUGUUUCGUCUGGCAUGUCUGAGGCUUCUUUUGGUUAAGCCUGAUGCAUUUCAGGGGCAAUAUCAGCCUGAAACAUUCUGGACCAAAGCCUACAAGUGUGGAAAGUAUUUGAUUGAUACUUGUUAUGUAAACCUCAGUUUUCAAACUGGUAAA